AGGCCGUUCCUCCGGUCGGGGGCAGAUUGCCUUGAAAACGUAGGGAAAGGACGUAGGCUCCUUGCGCAAGCGCCGUCUGUCCACUGCAGCCAGCAUGGCGCCUGUGGAGCACGUUGUGGCUGACGCCGGGGCUUUCUUGAGGGAUGCGCCGCUGCAGGACAUAGGAAAAAACAUCUACACCAUCCGGGAGGUGGUCAGAGAGAUUCGGGACAAGGCCACGCGCAGGCGGCUGGCAGUGCUGCCCUACGAGCUGCGGUUCAAGGAGCCCUUCCCGGAGUACGUGCGGCUGGUUACUGAGUUUUCCAAGAAAACUGGAGACUAUCCCAGCCUCUCUGCUGUAGAUAUCCAAGUGCUGGCUCUGACUUACCAAUUAGAAGCAGAAUUUGUUGGGGUAUCUCAUCUCAAACAAGAACCAGAAAAGGUUACAGUGAGCUCCUCGAUUCAGCACCCCGAAACUCCUCUGCACGUUUCUGGUUUCCAUCUGCCCUCCAAGCCUAAACCCUCACAUGAAACCGUGGAUUGUGGCCACCCAGCUGAUGGGCCUGAGGACCUGGAAUUCAGCUCCUUCCUGUUCUGGAGGAACCCUCUGCCUAACAUUGAUCAUGAACUGCAGGAGCUGCUGAGUGACAGAAGGGAAGAGGAGGAAGAGGAGGACGAGGACGAGGAGAAUGAAUUUGAAGACAGUGAUGACGAUGGUGGGGGUUGGAUAACCCCCAGCAACAUCAAGCAGAUCCAGCAAGAGUUGGAGCAGUGUGACAUCCCAAAGGACGUGCGGGUUGGGUGUGUGACCACAGACUUCGCCAUGCAGAAUGUUCUGCUUCAGAUGGGGCUGCACGUGCUGGCGGUGAACGGCAUGCUGAUCCGAGAGGCCCGGAGCUACAUCCUACGCUGUCAUGGCUGCUUCAAGACAACAUCGGACAUGAAUCGAGUGUUCUGUGGGCACUGUGGGAACAAGACCCUGAAGAAAGUGGCAGUGACUGUCAAUGACGACGGUACCUUGCACAUGCAUUUCUCCCGGAACCCCAAGGUGCUGAACCCUCGCGGUCUCCGGUACUCGCUGCCUGCUCCCAAAGGUGGCAAAUACGCCGUCAACCCCCAUCUGACUGAGGAUCAGCGCUUCCCCCAGCUGCGACUCUCCUACAAGGCCAGGCAGAAGACCAAUGUGUUUGCCCCUGACUACAUAGCUGGGGUGUCUCCCUUUGCGGAAAAUGACAUCUCCAGCCGCUCAGCCACCCUGCAGGUCCGGGACAGCACCUUAGGAGCUGGACGGAGACGCUUAAAUCCCAAUGCUUCCAGAAAGAAGUUUGUAAAGAAAAGGUGAUAUUGCAAGCCCUGCAGGCAAACAGACUGCAGCUGGCUGCUGGGGAUGCCUGGAGUACCAUCCCCGGUGUCUGGUCUGCAGACCAGCUACACAGAAGCAGGCCUGGCUUCUCUGGACCUCCUGAGACUGCGCUGUGUGGGGCUGCAGUGCAACGUGGCUGCGCUGCCUGUGAGCAUCCAGAGCCCAGGCUCGGCCAUGGGAAGGGAAACUUGAAGGAGAGGGAGGGGUGCCCUGGAGCAAACCUUGAACUCAAAGGAAGAACUAUUCAAAUGGAAUCUUUUUCUAAUGAACUGAUGGCCAGCUCAGGUGCAUUUAAGUUCUCGUAUCUUUGGUGGACAUGGAUGCAAACACGACAUAUGCCUGAGAACCAACCAUAUAGAUUAUUUUUUGCUUGAAUGAUUCUACAAUAAAAUUUUUAACUUUUUUUUCACCCAAAACAAAAAAGCUCUUCAUCCAGAUCAUGAAUCCACAUCUGUGUAAAGUGUGCAUCUUCCUGGGGAAAGGAGGGUCAUUUACAUAACUGCGGUGUAUUGAUCAAACUCAGAAGUUUCCUUCUAUUAAAGGAUAGUUCGUUUA